GCAGCCAUGUUGGAUUUUGUUUUCUUUCCGCUCAGUUCGUUCCGUCAGUUGUCGGCUAGAUGUCUUGAUAAAAUUUGACGUAGUCUUGUCGAAAUGUAUUAACAUUUUCGUGUUGUGCUUUUAACGUGUCUUACUAGUGCGUAGAUAGUUGGGUCAUCAAACGUGAUGAAGUGUUCAACGCCUGUGCUUUUAAAAUUACUUCGAUGUGGUGUAUAAAAGUUUGUGUUUACUAUACACAUAACCUUAAGUGUUGUGCUUUGUUUGGUCAAUUUUAAGAAGUGUAAAGUGAAAAUAAACAAAUCUACCAUCUUCGGACAUGGGCAUAUUUACUGGAAUUCUACAAAUUUUAAUCAUCUGCAAAUUAGGAGUCUGUUUAUCUUCACAGCAUGGCUCUUCAAGAAUUUCGGACAGGGAUAGUUUACCUCAUCAUGGGAGAUGUGAACCAAUAACUAUCCCCUUCUGUUUGGAUAUAAAAUACAAUGAAACAAUAAUGCCAAAUCUGUUGAACCACCAAAAACAGGAAGAUGCAGGCCUAGAGGUUCACCAAUUUUUUCCACUUGUUAAGGUUAAAUGUAGCCAUGAUUUGCAAUUCUUCCUCUGUUCUAUGUAUGCUCCAGUUUGUACUAUAUUAGAUCGAGCAAUUCCACCUUGUAGGUCAUUGUGCUUGUCAGCUCGAAAUGGUUGUGAGGAGCUGAUGAAUAAAUUUGGUUUUCCGUGGCCUGAGGAUCUAGAGUGUUCUAAAUUUCCAGAAGCGGGAGGAACAGAUAUUUGUGUUGGAGAAAACAAUACUGCAGGUGCUAAUAGUGGUUCCAGUAAAUCUAAUAUUGGCCAGACUGCACACAAUACAGGUAUUGGGUACCCAAGUUCUGUUUAUGGUCGUGUUUACAAUUCAAGAAUUCCCAAUGAUCCUAAAAUGCCAAAUUUUCCUCAUAUUCCUGAAGGAGCACGUGAUAUUGGGUUUGCUUGUCCAGUUCAGUUCCAAGUUCCUAAGGGCAUGGAUUAUUCACUUAAGGUUGGUGACAAAAUUGAAAAAGAUUGUGGUGCUCCCUGUGAUGGAAUGUUCUUUACUGAUGAUCAGAGAAGGUUCGCUCGAAUCUGGGUUGGUGUUUGGUCUGUUCUAUGUUGUGCCUCAUGUUUAUUUACAGUUUUAACAUUUAUGAUUGACACUGAUCGUUUCCGCUAUCCUGAAAGACCAAUUAUAUUUUUAUCAGUGUGUUACCUUGCAGUAUCUGUUGCUUACGUCAUUGGUUUUGGAUCAGGUGACUCAAUCGCUUGUCGUAAACCUUUCCCUCCGCCUGUAAACAUUCCACAUCUUCAUAUGGUUUCUCUGAUUACCCAAGGUACAAAGCAUGAAUUGUGCACAAUAGUUUUUAUGGUAUUGUAUUUCUUUAGUAUGGCCUCCUCGAUUUGGUGGGUUGUGUUGACAUUGACUUGGUUUUUGGCUGCCGGGUUAAAGUGGGGACAUGAAGCCAUUGAAGCAAACUCUCAGUACUUCCACCUAGCUGCAUGGGCAGUGCCAGCUGUAAAAACCAUCACUAUUCUUGCCAUGGGAGAAGUUGAAGGUGAUAUUCUGACGGGGGUCUGCUACGUGGGGCUGUGGAACGUCGAGACACUGCGCAGUUUCGUGUUGGCUCCGCUUCUCGUGUACCUGGCGCUCGGUACUGUGUUCCUGCUGGCCGGCUUCGUGUCACUCUUUCGAAUCAGGACAGUCAUGAAACACGACGGCACCAAGACCGACAAGCUGGAGAAACUCAUGAUCCGCAUCGGCGUCUUCAGCGUGCUAUACACGGUGCCGGCGCUGAUCGUGGUGGCCUGUUUGUUUUACGAGCAAGGCUACUUCGACCAUUGGAUGCUCACCUGGCACAUGGACAUGUGCUCACGCCAGAACGUGUACUCCAUCCCUUGCCCGCUGAGCCGCGACGUGGGCCGCAAGCCGGAGUUCGAGGUGUUCAUGAUCAAGUACCUCAUGUGCCUCAUCGUCGGCAUCACCUCCUCCUUCUGGAUCUGGUCGGGCAAAACCUUCAACAGCUGGAAGGAGUUCUUUCACCGGAUCCGAGGGCGUCGCGUCGAGGCCUACGUUUAGACCGGUGUCGCUGUACAUAUGUAUAUCUGUACAUAUUUGUGUAAAUUAUUUUUACUUUUUUAUCAGAUCCGCCCGAACCUCUCGACCGGUCGGAAGGGUGGGCGAUGUACAUUGGUUUUUACUGUUGACAGAGGUUUUAGUUUGUAUUCUAGUUUGUACAAAAUCUCGGCUUUCUCCUGUUAGUUAAGUUUAUAUAGGCUUCUUCUGUGAUUUUGUUUUGCCAUUGGUACAUAUUGCUAUUUAAUACAAUGUUCAAUAUUACUAAUUUCACGUCGGUCUGUCUUUUUAUCGUUUGGUAGACUUCGUUGUCGUGCUGAUUGGUGGUGAAGAGUUGUAAAUGAUGAUUUCUUCCAGUGGUUUUAAAGGCAGUAAAAUAGCAACUCCUGCCUGUAUCAUAGUUGUCUAAUAACAAUAUUGGUUUAAUUGCCUUGAAGUUGCUUUCAGUGAUAAAUCUUCAAUGAACUGUAACUAUCGAAGAGAAUCCAAACCCAUCCUUCUCACUGAGGUUGGUUGUAAUAAAAAAGCUAGUCAACAGAAUUCACUAAUGUGGGGGAUGUGUCUCCAAUGGUGGUUCAUAGGUCUGGCAGUCGGAUAGCGCUGUGAAUAGUGUUCCAGUGUGUCAUUUGGUCUGUUGUGGAAAUUCUCAAAGCACAACUAUUAUAACGCAAAUAAAGUAUUGUAUUUCUUCUACAAUUGAUUAUCACAGUUUUGAUAAAAUUUUAACUGGAAAAUGCCACAACCUUAUAAUCUGUAGAAUCUUGUAUUAUCUUAUAGAAUUCAAAAAAUUAUAAACUGUAAAACAACAAAUCUGAAUCAAUUAACAAGUGAAAUUUUGAUUUAAAGCAGUAAGUAGGCAUAUACCAAAAGUGGAUCAUUGUUUAAAAGACUGUUAAGCUCAGAUUUAGUUAUUUUUAACUCAAGGAAUAGUAAGCAAAACUUUAAUUGAACUGAUUUCAAACUGCAAAUACCAAUGGUAAAACGAAAUUACAAUAUUUAUAGCGCGAAGAAUAAUGCUCAACUUGUACCUAACUGGCUUUUUUUCUUUGAGCAUACGUGAAUUUAAGACUAGUCGAAUGCAUUAAUUUUUAUACCUUUUAAGUUCCUUUGUUAACGGAAGAAAUUAACUCAUGACACCAAUCGAUGGUAAUGAACUGUUCGAGCAAUUUUGAACUUGUUAUAUUGUUUGACGUAGUUUUGUACAUUGUUGAUGCAAUUUUCGCAUUUAUUCUUGUUGUUAUAACUUAUAGUAGACGAUAGAAUAGAACAAAACAACUCAGUAAUAAUGUAAAAAAACCUGCAAAAUCAGGGCAGGAGUUCGUGCAGCUUGAUGAUAUUUAUUACAUGACGAUAUUAUGAUUCACUAGAAUGACAUAGUUCUAUUUUUUUCACAGUGGCAAUGAAAGAGAAAAGUUUAACUUAUAUUGAGAAAUAUUGUAGUGGACUUAUUUGUUUAGUAGACAAGACUCUUAGAAUAAAGAAAUACUUUAGUCAUUUGAUUUUGAAGAAACUAAAUUAAAAGGCAGCAUUGAAUGAGUUUCUAUCACUUGCUUAAUGUCAUAAAACAUUGCUAAAAUGUUUAUAUUAAGAUGCCUUCGGAAUUGAAAUAAGGUUUUUUACUCACACACAUCACACAUACAUACAUACACAAACUUUUCAGUUGAUAUUAUUGUUUGUAAUAUUUUGGUAAAAACACUGCCAACACAAAAUUAUGAGUUAAAUAUUUACUUAACCAUGUUUGGUUGUUUCAACAUGUAUUUAGUAUAAUUUACUAUUUCAAAAAAUGUGAUUUGUGUUUUUAGUAAAAUGAUAUGUAGUUUGAUAAUUACAUUUCACUUUACAUAUUAUUAGCACAAAGUGUCACUUUGAUUUCUCAAUGAGGGUAUUCAAUGGAAAUUUAUAACUGUUAUUUAGUUUUUCUGUACUCGAACAUUUUUGUACUUGUUGUCCCUCCAUGUUUUACUGUUCUCUUGUUGUUUAUUAUAUGGCUUACGCUUGGUGUUAUGUGUCUAAAUGUUAUGUAUUUAUUACAAUAUGAUGUUUAUUGUCAAUUAUGACGGUGCUAAGAGAUUCCACCCAGUCCAAAAUAUAAUUUAACAAACAUAGGUGUUCUUGUAAAUGGUUCAAUAUUUUAUCAAUACUUUUUUUCAAGGUUAGUUUCCUCUGAGUUUCCUGCUGUUGAACACUAUUAAUUUUAUAUAAGUGGAAAUUUAAUUAUGUAAUACCUUAAUGAGCGUUGUUAGAAUAUAUAUUUUAUAAAGUUUCUUUGCUUUUUGGGGUUUUAAGUAAGUAAUUUUCUCAAAGUUAAGAUAUACUUUAUAUUUUGUCUAUGUGAGGCCCAUAAAGCCACUUAUUAAUAUUUCAAAUUAUGUUGAAAUGAAUCAUAUCAAUCAAUAGUAUUUUAAAGUAGCCUACUGUGUUAUUUAUUGAGUGUUGUUAGGUACAUUGUAUAAAGAAUGCGUUGUAUUUACGUUACAACUAUUUUUUCCAGUUAGUCCAAAAAAAUAAUUAGGUGAAACAACAUUAACAUAAUGUAAAUCAUAAAAGAUUCAGUUUUUAGUGCAAGAUAUUAGUAAAAGGAUUGGAUUGUUUUUAAAAAAAUUAAAAAAAUAGUUUAUUUAAAUGGAUUCAAGGCAAUGUGUUAGGAAAAUAAGAGACAAUAUAUUCGAAUAUGUACUAUAUUCGCGAUAAAAUGUGUUACAAAACAUGAAAACGAUCAUUUUGCAAAAAUGUCAGCAAUUACGUUUUGCAUUUCUUUUAUUUUUAGCUACACCGAUCAAUUACAAUAGAAAAGACUUUCCCCCAAUUAUCAGUGCAGUUUUUAGUUCUUCACGACCGAAUGGGCAUAUUGAGUGGAUGGGAGACGAUUGUUGUUCCUUUCACUGUAAGAAAGAGAGAGAGGGAGGGUGAGAGAGAAGUGAAGCUGUCCGUGGGAGAGCUCGUGAAUGUGGGGGGAGAGGGUCAUUGCUCCAUGACUACAGCAUACGAAACCGACAUAGACAGAUGCACCAUCUGCAUUCAGGCACAUAACUUUGUGUCAUAUUUCCCUCUCUAGGUGUCACGCCAACUGUUUAUGUUGUCAGAAAUAGGAUUUGUGAUGCUAUUAAGUUGUUAAAUUGGUGAACGUAAAGCCUGAAACAAGCCGCUUAAAGUCACUUGAAGUUACUUUUUGUCAGUAGGAAUAACUUUUUAUUUUUGGAUUUUUUACUUCGGUUACUAUUGAAUUGAAAAUUUUGGUUAUUAAAGUUAUUGCAAAUUGAAUAACGUUCCAACUAUUACAAACUGAGACAGUUAUUGUCUGAUGUGGUGCAUGGCAUAAUUUGUCAAAACGCAAUUACUAUAUGGACACACAUGCACACUAUGAUGUAUAAAAUGCAGUGACACAUUGUUGUAAAAAUCUGAAAAAGCGAACACUAUACAAAUGAGUACUUAUGUUUUUAAUUGUGUUCUUAAUUAACGUACCACUUUGCAAUGGAUGUUUUAUUGAAAUAUAAAGUUGAUACAAAUCUUUGGAAAGAAUAUGUUCAAAUUAAUAAUACUUUACAAAAGCGAAAUAAAGUGUGUUUGGGAUAGAUUUCUAAUUAGUUUUAAAUUGUAUUUUCCAAGUUAUUUUUGAGUGUCGGGGGAAUAGGUAACUUAAAAUUAUUUACAUCAGCCACCUGAAAACUACUAGGUUAUGCAAUGGAUUAUUGAAAAACAACAGUGAGUAAGGAGACCAUAACAAUUAUAAGGAAUUGUAUAAUUUUUAUUAAAAUGUAGAAUUUUAAUUAAACAUUUUGAAACAAAAUGUUGGCCUUUUCAGUAUUACGUGUUUGCCAAAUGAUAUUUUAUCUAUUUUCUCUAAAUUUUAUCCCUGAACUUGAGAAAAAUUCUGGUAAUAUCAUGAUUUUUACUAUAUUUUUACUGUAGAUUUAGAUUGCUAUUGUGGAAUAUAGGCUCGUGAGAAUGACAAUAUGUAACUAAUGGCUGACUUAUUUUUUAGGAUUUUGACAAAAUAACUGACCAUUUCAAUUCAUCAAUGGUUUACUAAUCAGCAUAUGAAUACAUUGCUCUCAUAUCAAAGCAUUCUCUAUAAUCAUAUACAGAAUAAUAAGAUUAAGAUAUAUGAAAAGGAUGCAAGCCAACCAACUUUGUUUACCAAGUUUAUAUCUUACAAAGCCUAUUUAUGUUGAGAUGAUUUAUCACACUAUAUGAUCGGUGUUAUUAUGUACAUUAUAUUAUGCACAAAUAACUUUUUUCUGAAAACCAUGGACCAUAGUAAUAGUAGCUCAAAAUAAACAUUUUUGGCCAAUGGUAACAACAUAGCAUGCCAACUGCUGGUCGUUUAAGUUAUGAUGUCUAGUCAAGUCAUGUGAAUUUUUAUCUAUCCUACAGUUGGACAAUCUGCCCCUUCAUAGAAGUGACAUCACAAGCUUUUUCCAAUAUCUUUUUGGAGUUAGUUCAUACACCUGGUUAUAAGACAAUUUGAAACAUGGCAUUUCAUAGAAUAUCUGGUAUAAAAAUGGUUUGGUGUUUGUCAUUAUGUUAAUAAUAAAUUGUAAUGUGAUUUUAAUAGCUUUCGUAAUAACAUUUAAAAUCAUUUUAUGUUUAUGUAAUUUUAUAAUAACUGUGAUUUAUCGCAUAAAAUUUGUUUACAAGACGUUUACAAAUUUUACACUUCUACAAACUCAAUAAUAGAAACCAAUCUGUAGUUUCUUCCAGAAUCUAAAAUUUAAGUGCAAUUUUUUCCCAUGUUAUGUACUGUACAAGAGCAUAAAAGUUUGAUCGUUCAAGCAUAAAUCUGUAUACAUAGAUUAGCUUGAAAAAGGUAUAAGAUAUACAGGUUCAAUAUGCUGAUGCACUAACAGAUUAGAAUAAUAAGAUGUAGCAUAAUAUUAUAAUUAGCAUCUAAGACUGAUUUACUGUUGCUAAAAAUAGUUUUAAUUUAUUGUAAGAGCUGCAGGAUGUUAUUGUAAAGGGGCGAACAAAUGACAUAUUUGCCUCUUUUCUGGUUAAAAGCACUUUGUAGAGUAGGUUACAAUUGUAACAAGUUUAUCAAGGUUUGAGCAUCAAAAUAAGAUGUUAAAUCAUCAUCAACUUUCUACUAUAUCGGAUUACAUGUGAACUAUAUUGUUCUUUAGUAAACUUACCAAGAAAAUUAUUUAGUUCAACCCAAAACUUUUGAACUGAAGUGCUUUCUUACAACAAAUGUACAACAUAUUUAUGUUACUUGACUUGUUUUUUUUUUUGUAUAUUUAUAUGUACAUUGUUUAUUUUAUACUCUAUUGUUGCACUACAGCGUCACUGUUCAUAGUUUGUUUAGUAUACUUGUAAGUUACCAUGCUUACAUCGCUGUCCUAUGUUCAACCCUAUGUUAAUAAUAAACGCUCUUUGUACAUACAA